AUGUCAAAAAAACUGCUAAAGGUAUUGAAAGGACUGAACUACAUACAUAGUCAGAAUGUUGUGCAUCGAGAUGUCAAACCAGAAAAUAUUUUAUUGUCAGCCAAUGGUGUAAUCAAGAUCUGUGACUUUGGUGUAUCCCGCAUGUUUUGUUCAGAUCGAACACUAGAUCUGAGCACUGAAAUGGGCACUGUCUGGUACCAAGCCCCAGAAAUGCUGAUGGAAUCAACAAAAUAUGAUGCUACUGUAGACAUUUGGUCAGUUGGUAUUUUGUUUACGGAAUUGAUCAACAAGAUGCCUCUUGUCACAGAAGACACAAUUAUCAGUCAAUUAUAUGGAAUUACAAAAAUACUGGGUAAUGAAAACUGUGACUUGACAGUCGUAGACAAGUAUUUACGCAAACACGGUUUUAGCCUUAAUUUAGAGGCUAGCUAUGCACCGCUGUCUCAAUCUUAUAUAAUCUCAAAAACUGCCAUGGCACUUCGAAAAGUGUAUACCUGGUGGCCGACAUACCUGAUGGAAAUAGUGACAUAUUGUCUGCAGUUUAACCCAAAUAACCGCAAAAAUGCUGCACAAUUACUAGACAUGAAGUUUUUCACUGCUGGAACAUUCUUGUUACACUUUAAUAAAGAGCUGAAAAUCAAACUGGAAAAUGACAAUGCAAGAUACCAAUAA